AAUUUUUCGUCAUCGAAGUAUUUAGUCGUGAACCAUUAUCGAUGACGUGCGUAUGUUCGUGUUUAUAAUGAGACAGUGAUUCGUUGUGUGUGUUUUUUAGACAAAAAGGAGUUAUACAAAUUUUACAGUUCACAAUUCGAUAUCAAAAUGCACGAAAAAAUAGAAAAUGUGACCAAUGGAAACAAUGCUCCUACUACAAUCGAACAAACGGAAAAACGUUACUACGAAUCCGAAGAGAAAUUACUCCAGGAUGCGGAAAUUCGAAGGAACUUAAGUUACUGGAAAAACGCUGGCACCGAAACGCUCAAAAAUGUAACGAUAAAUGAGCUUUUCAUUCAAUGUGUUGAAAAAUACGGAGACAGACAAGCAAUAUGUGUACAUCGAGGGUCAAGGUUGACCUACAAACAAGUAUUACCGCAGGUAGAUGAAUUUGCUGCUGGUUUAUUAGCGAUUGGCUUAAAGAAAGGAGAUAUGGUUGGCAUUUGGGCACAAAAUUCAUUGGAAUGGUACAUCACAAGCUUGGCAAUAAUGAAAGCUGGUUUAGUUACGGUGAAUUUAAAUCCGCUGUAUGAAGGCCCGGAAAUAAAAUCAGCUCUGAUACAAUCGCAUGUAAAAGCUUUAAUAAUUGGAGACACUUGGCUCGGUCGAAGUUAUUACGACAUGUUGAAUAAAAUAGCCCCGGAAAUUUCGAAUCACAAUGUAGGUGAUCAAAUCAAUACCAAAGAAUUGCCUUUAGUCAAAAUAUUAAUUGUAAUGAGUCACAAUUUUCACAGAGGAACGUACAGAUGGUGCGAUAUUUUUACGCUAUCAACUCCUCAUUAUAGACAAAAACUACAGCAGAUUCAAAAAGACAUCAGCAUCCAUGACAUAUGCAACAUUCAAUUCACCUCAGGUACUACUGGUCAUUCAAAAGGUGCCGCAUUGACACACAACAAUUUAGUAAACAACGCUUACUUCAUUGGCAAGAGGAUGCUUUUAAUAGAUAAGCAUCACAAAAUUUGCCUCCAAGUACCAUUCUUUCACACUUUUGGUACCGUGCUAGGUAUAUUCGUGGCUGCAAAUUAUGGUGCCACUCUAGUACUGCCGUCUCCAAAAUUCAGUCCGACCAAAUCCUUAGAAGCAGUUAUAGAAGAAAAAUGCACCGUUUUAUACGGCACACCAACCAUGUACAUAGAUUUAAUAACCAUCGUAAACAAAAUGGCUAUCACAGAUCCGGCUGUAUUUUCGAAAUUAUCAUCCCUCGAGGUCGCCGUCACAGCGGGAGCUAUAUGCCCUCCGGAGUUAUUCAGGAAAAUGAAAAAAAUAUUCAAUUUUAAGCGAAUUUACUCUGGUUACGGUAUGACUGAAGUCAGUCCUAUAGCGUUCUUCUCCUCGCCUACUGAUUCCGAGUAUUUAGUGACGUCUACCAUUGGAAAUGUGCUCGAUCAUUCCGAGGUUAAAGUAAUCGAUGAUAAUGGCCGAAUAGUACCAUUUGGCACACCGGGCGAGGUAUGUUUUAAAGGAUACAACGUAAUGAAAGGAUAUUACAAUGAUCCGCAAGCAAAUGAAAAAGCCUUUUUAGAAGAAGGAUGGAUACGAAGCGGGGACAGAUUCGUUUUACUCGAUAAUGGAUACGGUCAAGUUGUAGGACGUAUAAAAGACACUAUAAUCAGAGGAGGUGAAAAUAUAGAACCGAGUGAAAUCGAAAACGUCAUCAUAACUCAUCCUCAAGUUUCCAACGUUCAGGUAUAUGCGGUAUCCGAUGAACGUUUAGGAGAGGUUGUAGCAGCCAGCAUCAUGAGGAAUGAGAAUUCCUCACUAACCGAAGCAGAAGUUCGUGCAUUUUGCGAAGGAAAGUUUGCAUCGUACAAGAUUCCGAAAUAUAUCGUCUUCGUUGAAGAUUUCCCCCGUACUGCGUCCGGAAAGAUACAAAAAUUUAGGCUCAGAGAAAAUUUAGAACGCGAAUUAGGAUUAAAGUCGCACUGAAUACUAUGUAAAUACGAAAUAGAUUAUAACACACUUUUAGUACACAUGCAUGUAUGUAUAGAUAAGAAUAAACUGUUACACUUUAUAAUA